AUGUCGUGGGGCCAGUUUACUUGGCAUUCUAAUCCUUUACUUUCUGUUCGGUUACCAUGGAAAAGGAUGUUGUUUUUUUUCCCCUUGCAAAUUAUGAGUUUCCACCAAACUAUGUAUGCCUUAUAUGGACAGGAAAGGGAGGGGAAGGGAAGAGGGAGCCUGCAAGGUCUUGGAACAGAUGAAGACACUCUAAUUGAAAUUCUUACAUCAAGAAAUAAUAGAGAAAUCAAAGAAAUAAACAGAGUCUACAGAGAAGAGCUUAAGAGAGAUCUGGCCAAAGACAUCACCUCAGAUACAUCUGGAGAUUUUCAGAAGGCUUUGCUUGCCCUGGCCAAGGGUGACCGAAAUGAGGAUAUUCGAGUGAAUGAUGAUUUGGCUGAUAACGAUGCUAGGGCUUUGUAUGAGGCAGGAGAGAGAAGAAAAGGAACCGAUGUGAAUGUAUUCAAUACUAUCCUUACCUCAAGAAGCCUCCCUCAUCUUCGCAAUGUGUUUCAGAAGUAUCGCAAAUAUAGCCAACAUGACAUGAACAAGGUAUUGGACCUGGAGCUGAAAGGGGAUAUUGAGAACUGCUUAACUGCUAUUGUGAAAUGUGCUACAAGCAAACCAGCUUUCUUUGCUGAGAAGCUUCAUAAAGCUAUGAAGGGUGCUGGAACUCGUCAUAAGGAUCUUAUCAGGAUCAUGGUUUCUCGUUCGGAAAUCGACAUGAAUGACAUCAAGGCAUACUACCAGAAGAUGUAUGGUGUCUCUCUGUGCCAAGCCAUCCUGGAUGAAACCACAGGGGAUUAUGAAAAAAUCCUGGUUGCCCUGUGUGGAGGAAACUAAAUGGCAUUAUUCUCUGAUAUGCUCCAGCUCUAUUGCCAGAAGAUAUUACAUUUUUCUCUGCUAUUUACAAAAUAUAGCAUAAAUUUAAACAAAGAAGUUUUGUUUUAGCUUGGAUUAUCAUUCAGCCAUCUGCUUUCUGGAAAAUUUUAGUCUGGAAAACUUAUUCUUUUUUUAUCUCAAUGUUGUAUAAUAGUGUUAAGAUUUUUUUCUUCUUUUUAAAAAAUAUUUAUCCAAAAUGUUUACAAUUUUAUAACAUUAAUAGGUACAUCUUUGGCCUAAGGACUUUAUAUAACAAGGAAAAUAAAGCAAAUAUGUAAACAGA